UGAGGACAUUCAGGCUCAACAAAAAGCUUUCUUUUUCCGAGGCCGCUCCUCUUCGGCGGUCCUUUAAGGCCGCAGCACCGCGAGCGGCGGCGACCCGAAACCCUUAAACCCUAAUACCCACUGCCAUGAGAAGUAGAUGGACCGCUGCCAUCACCCCCGGUGAGUCUACCGUCCCUCUCCUCCACCCCUCUUCCUCUUCUGCAUUCCCCGUCUACCUCCCCCGGCGACCCUUCUCUUUUCCUUCCUCCUCGUCCGUCGCCGCCGCCCCGGAAACCCCAAGCCCAGAAAGCCCAAUACUGGACUCCCAUCUCCUCGCUCAGCUCUCCUCCAUCCUCUCCCGCCGGCACUGGCGCCGGAGCCGCACCCUGAAACGAUUGGCCCCCUCCCUCACCCCACUGCACGUCGCUGAGCUCCUGCGGACCCGCCCUCUCGACCCAGAGACCGCCCUCGCCUUCUUCCACUGGGUUGGCCAGCGGCCUGGCUACCGCAACAACGUAGACUCCUAUGCUGCCCUCCUUGGUAACCUCCUUCGCUCCAAAUCCCCCGUCAAUGCCGAGAAGAUCAUCGUCUCUAUGGUUAAGUCGUGCAAUUCUGCCAAAGAUAUGCGCUCCACCAUAAAUUCCAUUAGAGCCUUUCGUCGAGCAGGUGGCUGCGCCGGCUUCAGGCCGUCGCUCCGAUGCUAUCACAUGCUGUUAAGGUCCCUCGAGAGAUUCUCAAUUACUGAUGAGAUGAAGGAUUUAUACCAACAGAUUGUUAAAGAUUGGAUCUUGCCGGAUAUCAUUACAUGCAAUACGAUUAUCAAGGCACACUGCAAGGAAGGGAAUAUUGCUGAGGCAAAGCAGUAUUUAAGGUACUUAUUGGAAGCAGGAUUGAAACCCGAUACCUUUACUUACAAUUCUUUGAUCUUAUGCUACUGUAAAAAUAAGGAUUUGGAUAGGGCUUGUUGGGUCUUCGUGAUGAUGCCGCAGAUGGGCUGCCAGAGGAAUGAAUUCUCAUACACCAUUCUUGUCCACGGGCUCUGUGAGGCCCGCUGGAUUGACAAAGCUUUUGUGCUGUUCUCAAAGAUGGGUGAUGAUGGCUGCUGCCCGAAUGUGCACACUUACACAGUGAUGAUCGACGGCCUCUGCAAGGAGGGCAAGGUUGAGGAUGCUGAAUCAUUGCUGAGUGAGAUUUCUGGCAGGGGUUUGGUCCCUAGCACCGUGACCUACAAUGCUUUAGUCGAUGGGUACUGUAAAGACGGAAACCUAGAGGCUUCUUUGAGGAUUAUGAAACUGAUGGAAUCGAAGGGCUGUAAGCCAGAUGCUUGGACAUAUUCAGUGAUGAUUCAUAAGCUUUCUAAGGAGAAUCGCCUCGAGGAUGCUGAAACCAUGUUGAAUGAGGCUAUUGAGAAAGACUCGUCUCCCAAUGUAUUUACUUACACUGCAUUGAUUGAUGGGUAUUGCAAGCAGGGAAAAUUUGUUGAUGCUUGUAGGGUUAUGAAACUGAUGGAGUUGAAUGGGUGCAAACCAGAUGCUUGGACUUAUACAAAGAUGAUUGAUAGCCUUUGUAAGGAUAAUAGGCUACAUGAUGCGAAAAGCAUGCUAGACGAGAUGUUUGAGAAAGGCUUGGAGCCUAAUGUUGUCACCUACACUGCUUUGAUGGAUGGGUAUUGUAAGAGAGGAAAGGUUGAUGAUGCAUUGGAGAUUGUGGAAUUGAUGGAGUCAAAUGGCUGUCGGCCAAAUGCUUGGACAUAUAAUGAGUUGAUAUAUGGGUUUUGUCAGGAGAGGAAGGUGCACAAGGCAAUGGCUUUGUUGAGUAAGAUGCUUGAGAGUGGGUUAUCUCCAGGCCUUAUUACAUAUACUGCUUUGAUUCAUGGGCAAUGCAAGGAGGGUCAUAUAGAUAGUGCUUUUAGACUACUUGAUUCUAUGGAAGUGAAUGGUUUGGUGCCUGAUCAACAGACAUACUCUAUCAUAAUAGAUGCCCUUUGCAAAAGUGGGAGAAUUGAAGAAGCUUACUCACUCUUUAAGUCUGUUGCUAAGGAGGAGGUAAGGGCAAACAAGGUGAUGUAUACUGCUUUAAUAGAUGGUUUAUGUAAAGCUGGAAAGCUCGAUUUUGCUCAUUCACUGCUAGAGGAAAUGGUUUCUAAGGACUGCUUGCCAGAUUCAUACACCUAUAGUGUUUUGAUAGACGGGUUGUGCAAAGAAAAAAAAUUGCAAGAAGCCUUGUCAUUACUAGAUGAUAUGUUUGAAAAGGGAAUAGAGCCCACGACUGUCACCUAUACGAUUCUUAUUGAUGAAAUGCUCAAGAAAGGGGAAUGUGAAUGUGCUAAAAGGAUGCUUCAGCAAAUGGUUUCUUCAGGGUGUAAGCCAAAUGCUAUCACCUACACAGUAUUCAUCCGUGCCUACUGCAGCGAAGGAAGAGUAGAAGAGGCAGAAAGUGUGAUGCUAGAAAUGAAAAAAGAAGGUGUUCAUCCAGAUUUGAUGACUUAUAACACAUUGAUUGAUGGGUGUGGGAAUAUGGGAUAUAUGGAUCGAGCAUUUUCUGUUCUCAAGGACAUGAUGGAUGCUGCAUGUGUGCCCAAUUACUGGACUUAUUCAGUUUUACUCAAGCAUCUCAUCAAGAGGAAGCAGGCUAACAGUGUCUUUGCCAAUGCAUCUGACCUAUGGAGAAUAUUAGAGAUAGAUACUAUAUUGGAGCUUUUGCAGGAGAUGAUGAAGCACGGUUGCACUCCUAAUGUGGUCAUAUACAAUGUUCUCAUUUCGGGGUUCUGCAAAGAGUGCCGGUUGGAAGAAGCAUAUAUGCUACUUUCUCAAAUGAAGGAAAGAGGGAUACCGCCCAAUGAAGACAUCUACACCUCUUUAAUUAAUUGCUGCUGCAAAGUGAAAAAGUACUCCGAGGCAUCAACAUUCAUAGGAUCCAUGGUAGAAUGUGGUUAUCUACCUCACUUGGAAUCCUACCAGCUUCUUCUUUCAGGGCUUUGUGAUGAAGGAGACUUUGAGAAGGCUAAAAUGCUGUUUGGUGACUCUCUUGAGAGGGGUUAUAAUUGUGAUGAAGUUGCAUGGAAAAUUCUUAUUGAUGGUCUACUUAAAAAGGGCUAUAUCAACAUAUGCUCUGAGAUGUUAUCUAUCAUGGAGGAAAGACACUGCUCUCCUAGCUCUCAAACAUAUGCUAUGAUUGCCAGGGAUAUUCGAGAAGUAAUUAAUGAGGCAGUGAGCGAAAUUGAGGGGUGAUCUUUGUUUCUGGUUUUCUUGUGCCGUACUUAUCCAUAUGGUACAUAGCAUGCAUAUUUUUCCUUGGAUGAACAAGUGAAAACCGAGAAAGCCAAGGGAAUAAGAGAAUACAUUCUUCUGGAUGUUCUUUACCAUGUCACAUAUGAUAGUAUAUUGGUGGUAUAAGAACUUCACGAGAUUAUUGAUGAAGCAUUCUCUGGGAUGAAGUUAGACAGCCCUGGUUUAUUGCACCAUAAUUCAAAACAGAAAGUCCAUGGUAGGAAGACAUUACAAAUAUUGGUGACAAAAGGCACAAAAAAUUCUGCUAUCUUUUCAAGUGUGAAAUGGGACUCAAGAAGUGCUGCUAUCUAUUUCAUGGAGGAAUGUUGGGUGGUUAAUUUCUUUCAUAUAUAUUGACCUCAGUUUUUUGGUUGCCAGUAGUUGAACAUUAGGUAGUGGAUUCUGCAUUGAUACUCUGCCUUCCUUGUGAUACAAUCAGACAUGUACCACAUUCUUUUGAGAAUGUUGACUGGAUGAACACUCAGAUAGAGGCCAUGGUUUGCAAGAAGAUGAUAUAUUAGAUAUACUGGUUCUGUCUGGGAAAUCAGCAUCAGUCACAGAGUUCGCAUGAGAUUUUACUGUCUGUAGCUGAGACCAUGCUUCAUUGGCUCUGUGGAAGGUGAUCCAUUAGAUCUGGAAGGUUUGCAAAAGGUUGUUUUAGCAAAUUGUGCAACCAGCGCUAUAGCUUUCAACUGAGUAUUAUUUUUAAUGAGACAAAUGCUGAUUCCGAUUUCUUAGACUACAGUGCAGCUUCAGAGGGACACCAGAACAUAAUGUUCCUUGCAGUUUGGCAAAUGGGUACGACUAAGGGACUCAGUCUUUUCCAGACCUGAAUGACCCUAAUUCUUGUUUACUGAAAUUCUUGUAUAUUGCUAAGAAUCAUGUUUUGGCGUACUUCAAUACCUCAAACGAGGUGGAUAAAUGGACAUGGAGUAUAUCACCAAGUGCACUUGUCAUGCUCUAUUAUGCCCCUUGCUUGGUGAUCAGCAAAGGGGACUGAUGUGCACUCCGCUGCAAUUGCUGUGGAGAUCUGAGGGUUUCUAAAUUGCUACUUGAAAUCAGAAGUUGACAGCCUGUGGCCAGUUAGGUUUUGGUGCCACUAUCUGAUUGAUAAGACACUUGAUUGCUUCUGAGGUGAUUUAGGAGGAUGGCAAUAGGUCUUCAUGGUAAUCAAAUAAUAUGCCCCCAUAUUAUGUUAUCCUGUCUUAUGGUUGAUGUUAGAGGCAUUAGUUAUAUUGGACAUCCUUUUUAUCUCCCUUUGAUAUUGGAAUUGUGGAGUUGGUUCAGAAUCCUAGCCCUUUUGGCUGCAAGAAGUAAGCAAGUAAAAAGAUCACAAAUUGCUGUAUGCUUAUGACUCAGCGUGUUGUUUAUGAUGAUAUUCUGGAAUGCAUCUUUCCUUCAGGCAGGAGGAUUUUGCCUUGCAGGAUUGUUGCUGCUAUUAAACUGAAACAUCUUGCAGAAUCAAGGGUGAAUUGAUUGCAGACAGUCCGGUCAUUAGCUCUGUAAUCUUUGUUGAGCCUGAUCCCACCAAGCCUUCCUCAGUAUGGAAUUAUGAGAAUGACCAGGUUUUUGGCAUGAGGCUGCGAGACCAAAGUCAGCCAGGUCAAGAAGGGUUUGUAUUGCACCCAGUGCCCUGACCUUGGUCAGACCAAGCGAGGCUCAUGGCUAGCACAUUGUUCGACUUGCAUUGUCACGCACUGAAGUGAACAACUUUGAUCCUGACAUCCAGUACUGCUUGGAGUCUUUUGGCCAUAGGCCAGGCUGUCUGCUGUUGUGUUCUCCAGGAUGGGGACCUCAUCUUUUCUUGGAGAAAGCAUGGAUUGGAUCUGGGUUUCAGUUUGAAUCAGUUCAGAAGUCUCGGGCUUGUGCCCUGUCAGGUUUAAUUUUUUCAGGCUGAACCCAAGCUACUUUUAAAUUACGCCUGGAGUUCUUUCCCCAUUAUGUCAUGGGUGCGCAUAACCAAUUAUGAUUGUAAACUAUAUCUUCUUUUAUGGAUCCAAAUCCACGUAACAUGCCUUGUGGCUCUAGUGCCCUGAUCGAUCAAUUUGUAGGGACGCAUGUCAUUGAAUUGUUUCAAUAACCUUAGUUCAUGUGGGACUCGAUGCAACCUGCAUACUAUCUGCGGAUUGGUGCUGCCCUGGAGUUGAGAGCACAGCAAAUUGACAUAUCUGGCACAUUGUUGGCUGUUGUUUUCUUGCUAAAUAAAUCUGAAAGCCAGGCCACAAUUGCUGACUGAUUGCUUCCAAAUUGUGUGUGUACAAAUUGCAUUUGCAUCCAGAAUACAAAUUCCAUUCUACUUGUUA